CAAGACAAAUCAAAAUGUCAAAAUAUUAAAAAACCAAAAUUUUUAUUUAAUUUUCAAAUAGUUCUAUUUUAUGAAAGAAUUUAAAAAAUAAUAAUAAUAGAAAGAUAAUUUUGGAAAGAAAAGUAUAUAUGAAAAUCUAUAAUAAUCAAUGACAAUUUAUACAAUACAUUGGGUAAGAAUUCAUCAAAUCUAUUUAACUUUUAAAAUCUAUUAACUCUUAAAAUUUUCAAACUCCACACAAAUUAACCAAGCGCUCGUAGCUUGGUGGUAAAGGAGGUACAGCUGUACUGCCCGCCACCCGGGUUCGAGUCUUGGCCACAACGGAUUUAACAUCCCUUCCGUUGGGGCGCUGGACCCCUUUCGGGAGAUAGUUGGGAAUGUGGCUGUCCAGAUACCAGAGUUAUCAAAAAAAAAAAAAAAACUCCACACAAAUUCUAUUUUCAAUAGGCCCCCUUAAGUUUAGUUAGGCAUACUGAAAGUGUAUGUCGUAAAUCUGAGGAUUUAUCAUCGUAACUUAUGUUGAAAGUUGCAUGUUAACAAAAAAAUGUUGCAUGUCGUGUGUAAUGCACUAAUUUUAAAAUGUAAACUAAAUCAGGAAUUUGGAUGUAAGUUAACGAGAAAAAACGAGAACUUUUGUGGGGACCAAUGUAAGUAAAGUGGGGCCAGCACCGAAGGCGAUAAGCAGCUUUUUCACCGCGAUGAUGUUCCCUGUGUUAUUACGUAACCAACCACUCAUGUCACGCCACGUUAUUUUAUUACUGAAUUUCUUUAUUUAUCUUACUGUUUUCUUUUGGUGUCAAACAAUAUUUUUUCCACUUUCCCCCUUUAUAAUUUCAGAUAUUAAAAUAUUUAUGUAAAAUACAGUACUUCAUAUGUUGUAAAAAUAUCAUAUAAUUUAAGUUCAAGCUUACCAAAAACUAUAAAUUGACUUAAAAAAAAAGAAUAUCCUACUAACUUCUGAAAUUUGGUUAAUCGACUUUUCUAGAUAGUUGAUUAAGUAUUUUUGAGUUUUAGUAAAGAAUGUAAAGUCUUAAAAGGGUUCGUACCGAGGUAUGUUCAUAAAAAACAUUGCUAUUCAUCAAGACUAACCUUUUUUUUUUUUUAACAUCGAAUAACUAUUAUGAAAAACUAAAUCACUCCAACAAACCAGCCACAUAUGCCAGCCAAACAGGAGUCUCAACACAAAGGAGAGAAAGGGGUUCAGGACGAGCACGAGCUGCCUAACUAAGAGGAGAAUAUACUCAAAACAACAUGCACAUUGUCUUACAGGUUCAGAAGAACAUGCGCAUAAAUUUCACCAAACGAAUCUAUCAACCUUCAUGAGCGACAAAUAUUAUAUUGUGUUAUAUAUGUGACGAUCAACGUCAACACAAAAAGUAGAGAUUGUUUAGUUCAAUCCAAGAGUGUAGUGUGAUACUUGAGCAACAUCACGGGAGAAGAAGCGGAUGGAUGUUAACACAAAAAGUGUGAUGAUCUCCCCAUCACUUGAACCAUGAAAAGUGUAUUGCGAUCGCGAUGAAUGUACCACCACUAAACGCUGAGCCUCGAGUAAUUAAUUUGUUCAUACAAUUAAAUGGAACUAGUUUAUUUGAAAAACGUCGCAUUCAAUAGUUGGUAGAGAUAGUUUUAAAAGAUCACAUUACUUCUCUAUUACACACACAUAGAAAGUGAAAACUUAUGCAACACUUCAGGUAGAUGAGAGGAAGACAGUGAUAGAUUUGUUAUGAUUAAAAGACCCCCAAAAUCUGAAUAGAAUCUUCUGUUAAUAAAGUGUGGGAAAAAAACACAUAAACUAAAAUUAAAAGGACAUUUCCUUUUGCAUCAUUAGAGUUUUUCUCUCUGUUUACAUUUAUAUGCCUAUAAAUAUGUAUACAUACAAGUCUAGAGAAUCCGCCAUUAUCGGAAUACUCUCAAGUCUCUCAUGAUCUCAACAUAAACAAGACAAAACGCUUUUGUCUCUUUGUCUAAAAUCUACGACAAACCAAGAGAAGAAAAGAAAAAUCUCAUAUUUUUUUUAAAAAAAUUGCAUGUUCAGGAAGAAGAUUCAAAAAAUAUAAUAAUAAAAGGAUCAAAUGGAAAGUCUCACACACAUUCCUCCGGGUUAUCGAUUCCAUCCGACCGAUGAAGAACUCGUUGACUAUUAUCUAAAGAAGAAAGUUGCAUUUCCAGGAAUGCAAGUUGAUGUUAUCAAAGAUGUUGAUCUAUACAAAAUCGAGCCAUGGGACAUCCAAGAGUUAUGUGGAAGAGGGACAAGAGAAGAGAGGGAAUGGUAUUUCUUUAGUCACAAAGACAAGAAGUAUCCAACAGGGACACGAACCAAUAGAGCAACGGGCUCAGGAUUUUGGAAAGCAACGGGUCGAGACAAGGCCAUAUACUCGAAGCAAGAGCUAGUCGGGAUGCGGAAGACUCUUGUGUUUUACAAAGGUCGAGCUCCAAAUGGUCAGAAAUCCGAUUGGAUAAUGCACGAGUAUCGCCUUGAGACCGAUGAAAAUGGACCACCUCAUGAGGAAGGAUGGGUGGUUUGUCGUGCUUUUAAGAAGAAACUAACCACAAUGAGUUACAACAAUCCAAGAACAAUGAUGGGACCAUCAGGACAAGAAUCAAAUUGGUUCACACAUCAAAUGCAUGUAGCUAAUGGUAGUUACUACCAUCUUCCUGACUUAGAGAGUCCAAGAAUGUUCCAAGGCUCAUCAUCAUCACAUCAUAAUGAUAAUGACCCAUAUGGUGUUGUACUCAGCACAAUCAACGCAACACCAACUACACUAGUGCAAGGAGAUGAUGAAGAAGAUCAUGGAAAUAUUAUUACUAAUGAUGAUGAUGGUCACAUUAUUACUAAUGAUGAUGAUCAUGGUCAUUUUAUUACUAAUGAUAAUAUGAUUAUGAUGAAUACAAAUACUGAUCAUCAUCAUCAAUCAGGAUUACUGCUCAGUGAUGAUCAUAAUGACCAUAUGAUGGAUUGGCAAACUCUUGACAAGUUAGUUGCUUCUCAGCUAAUCAUGAGCCAAGAAGAGGAAGAAGUUAACAAAGAUCCAUCUGAUAAUUCUUCCAAUGAAACCUUCCAUCAUCAUCUCUCUGGAGAGCAAGCAACAAUAGCUUCAAUGAAUGCCUCUUCUUCUCCAUGUUCCUUCUACUCUUGGCCUCAAAAUACAAACACCUAAAGAUCCAUCCUCAAACGUGUGUGAAUCCGAAUGCCUCUCUCUCUAUAUAAUUAAUUAAGGCUCAUGCUUAUUAUAUAAUUACAUAUAACGAUUACUAAUUAUAAUUUUAUAUGAAAUUUGUUAAUUUAUCUUAUCACACCGGUGUAACUUUCUUUAGUUUUGUGAAAUAUAUAAAACUAUUUCUAGA